CUUUUACCCAGGAGCCUGCUGUUCUUGUUCUGUGUGAAACCAAACAAUAUAACAGCAAAUAAGCUAGUUCAUGUAGCACACUACACUAGUGAUGUAUUAGGUUAGUAGCAAACCUAUUUGUUUUAAUGGUGUUUUUUUCCUUAAAUCUAACUGCAUGAUUUUGUUGCUCAAAUCUAAGGAAAUAAACCCAUCCCUGGCAUUUUAGUUUUACAUGUGGGGCCGCUGUGUUCAGUGUGCUGGGAGUGAGAAUGUGUUACAAAAACAGAAAAGGAGGCAGUUCGAACUCGAGGUUGAAAGGUUUCAUUUUCACACUCAGUUUUUCUUAUUCAGUUCCUUUUUUUUUUGACAGUCUACGUGACUUUGGCUGCAUCGAUCGGCAGAGAGAAGCAUGUUUUCUUGGGUUAACCACACGGUCAAACGGUCAGCAUCAAGUGGUUGGUCCAUCUCAGCCAGUAGUGGUAACAGUUGGUGAUGACAUCAUUUUACCAUGCCAUCUGAGACCUGCCAAGAAUGUUUCAGACAUGACAGUAGAGUGGGCGAGACCUGACCUGAACCCCAGGUUUGUUCAUGUGUGGCGUGACGGUGUGGAACUGGAGAGUAAGAAACAUCCGUCCUACAAAGGAAGAACAUCAGUGUCCAUCGACAAACUGAAGCACGGAGACAUGUCACUGACACUCUCCAGAGUGACACUCUCUGAUGGGGGACAAUAUAAAUGCUUCAUUCCAGGACUGGGGCACUCUUUAAUUCAGCUCGUAGUUGGUGCUGUUUCCUCACCUUUCAUUGUGAGUAUUAACAUAACCAGCAGGAGAGUGGCUCUACAGUGUGAGUCUGCAGGCUGGUAUCCAGAGCCUGAGGUGUUGUGGCUGGACGGUGAGGGAAAGCUCCUCUCUGCUGGACCUACAGAGACAGUCAGAGGUCCUGAUGACCUCUAUACUGUCAGCAGCAGAGUGACUGUGGAGAAGAGACACAGCAACAGCUUCACCUGUAGAGUCCAACAGAGGAACAUCAACCAGGCCAGAGAGACAGCUACUCACAUAUCAGGGCAUCGUCAAAGGUUUAAAAGAGUGAAGACCAGCCAUCAGACAUUCAGACGAAAGAACAACGACAGAGGUCUCAUCUGUGGUCAGAUUCCAGUUGUGUAAGAGACUUGGUGAGCUCUGAGCCAUGCAGCCAGCUGUGGUAACUGCCGUCCUGCUGCUGGGGGUCCUGGUACAGGGGACAUAUUCUGCUACCAUGGAGGAAGUGUGUGAGCACUAUCCAAAGAGGUCAUGUGGUAGAGGAUGGGAACAGCUUGAUGAGAACCGCUGUAUGAGAAUCUUUUGGGCUAAGAGAGACAUUGUUGGUGCUCAGAAAUACUGUGGCAUGUUUGGUGGAACCCUGGUGUCACUUCACAACUCAGCUCAGAUGCAACGAGUGACUUGUCUAGUCUGGCGUAGAAAGUUUUCAGACAGUAAAAUCUGGAUUGGAACCGCGCUAAGCGAUAGAGAGCGACAGUACCGUAACAUUGAUGGGACUGCUGUGGAUUAUACCAACUGGUACCCCGGGCUGAGAUAUUCACGUUCAAAAGCUUGCGUUGAAUCAAACUACAAGGUGUGGGGUAGGUGGCAUAACACAGACUGCUCAGAGGUGAAGCACUUUGUGUGUACCAAGGCUUUGCGACCAUGAUCAGCUGGCGUAUCUGCUUCAUGACAGCCACUGCAAACACAAGCUUUUACACUUAAAGCAAU